AUGGUUGCCAACGACAAGCCCGCAGGUACCCUCCGAUAUGAGGAAAAGCCUGUCUAUACAACCUCCAACGGCUGCCCUGUUAACGAUCCUGAGAGUUCCCAGAGAGUUGGGCAAAAUGGCCCUCUUUUGCUGCAAGACUUCCAUUUGAUUGACCUGCUGGCCCAUUUCGACCGCGAACGUAUACCAGAGCGUGUCGUUCAUGCAAAGGGCGCAGGUGCUUAUGGUGAGUUCGAAGUAACCCAUGAUAUCAGUGAUCUAACUUCACUGGACAUGCUCAAUGACGUCGGAAAAAGACCAAAUGCGUCGCUCGCUUUUCGACCGUUGGUGGAGAAAAGGGUUCGCCUGACUCGGCACGAGAUCCUCGGGGCUUCUCUGUCAAGUUCUAUACCGAGGAGGGUAACUGGGACUGGGUUUUCAACAAUACCCCCAUUUUCUUCCUACGUGAUCCCUCGAAAUUUCCCAUUUUCAUCCAUACCCAAAAGCGAAAUCCACAGACGAAUCUGA